AUGAUAAAGUCACUCUACUUCCUGUGGGCCAUGUCUGCCCUGACUUGUGCCAGCCGCUCCAACUACUCUGUUCGGCACGAUUUGACGCCGGCACCAAGUAACCAGGCUACUCCCUCGAAUGUUGACUGCGGCGCAGAGAUGGCGUGCCGGUGUGGAAUGUCACAGUUCCUGACACUGCCACAUGCCAACAUUACACGUCCGUCGCAAGCUAAGCAAUGCGCCAACUACAAACUGAUCGACGCUCGCGGCACGGCCGAACCGCAAGGCGUUUCCACCAUGUUCUAUCCCGUGAUCCAGAACAUCCUUUCCAACGUGACUGGUGGCGUCAGCCUACCCGUGGAGUAUCCCGCAGCAGCGAGCCAAAACACCAGCAGCGGCGAGAAGUUCGUGGUGGACACCAUCGCCCACGGACUCCGGCACUGUCCGCACCAGAAGUACGCUCUAUUCGGCUAUUCUCAAGGCGCAACCUUGAUACUUAGGGUCCUCGGCCAACUGAGUCCUCCGGCCCUUGCAUCGAUCAAAUCGGUUAUUCUUGUCGGCAACCCGUACCGUAUGCCCGGGAAGAGUUCCAAUGUGAAUGCUACUGCGCAGCACGAUGAGAGGGCCUCGGUAGGAAUGUUUGCGAGGCAGGCUAUUGCCGGUAACAGGACGAUUCCUCAGCUCUCAAAGGAGAUGGACCAGAGUGGGAACGUGCUUGAUUAUUGUCUUGCAGACGAUUUUGUUUGUGCGUCCAACCCUGCCUGCUCCUGCCAGAUCCCAGCCGGUCACCUGUCCUAUGGCCUGGUUGAUACCGUUCAGCAGACUAUCUUUGAGCAUGUGGUUGGUCGUCUCGGGAGUAUCUCUUACUGA